AUGAGGGGGAGACUUCUAAACACUGUGGAGGAAGGAGAGAUACAAAGUACAAGUACAUUCAAAGAUGAGCGGGAGACUUCUAAUGUUAAUGACUACAAGGAUGGACAAAGUCGCCAGGUGGAGACAAGGCUGAAUAAUGCAGAUAUCACUCAACCAGAUGCUCAGGAAGUUAUGUCAGGCACUAUUCAGGAAAAAGAAUUUCAUAGCUCCUUGGCUGAUGAGGUGGAGGAAAAGGAAUUGAUAGUAGGAGGAAGCCAAUACGAUGAUGGAGUACAAAGUAAUACUGAGGGAGACUCUAGUAAAAGGGACAGUGUGGAAGAACCAAAACAUGUUGGCACUAAUGAAGUAGAAAAGGAAUUGAAUAUAGGAGAAAACCAACAAAAAGAUGGAGAACAUGGUAAAACUGAUGGAGAAGUAGGCACCAAUAUAUCAGAAAAAGGAACAGUAGAUAAUCUAGACAAAGAGGAUGUGCAGAAACAAAAUGAUCAUCAAGAACAUGAUGAGCAUGUGGAUGUUGAGGAUACAAGACUACAUGGAGUAAAAGAACCUUCAGAGGGUUCUCACUCAGUGAUAACUCAGAUUCCUGAGCAAAGAGAAGAAAAAGUGGAGGAAAAUGUGCAAUCCAUAGAGGCAACAGUAGUGGAUAAGGAGCAAUUGUAUGUGGAGCAAGAUGCAGAUCCACCAGAUCAUUCCUCAUCAGAAAAGGAUAUGGUGAUUUCACCGACUGACCAGCAUCAGGGGACAUUUUGUAGAAAAUCUUCCCCAGUCAAAGAAUUACAUGACCUGAUCUCUCAUAAUAUAGAUGGUUGGGAGGUAGAGGAGGAUGUCAGAGAUCUACACAAAGAAUACAAGGAGGAGAAUAUUAAGCAAAAUAUGGAAAACAUUCUUAAGCAGGCAGAUAUAUCUCCUAAUAGAAAGUCUAACAAUAAGGGUCAGAAGAAAGGCAAGAAGAAUGCUAUUGACAAGCAAAUUCCACUCAAGGUGGCACCAAAGAGGAAUGCUACAAAAUCUAAUGUCAAGACAAUUAACCAGUAUAGAAGAAGGUUGGGCAUGUGCCUAGCCAAUGCCAACUGUAAUGGUAAAAUCUGGUAUUUUGUGGCUGGUAAUAUAGAUGUAGAAGUUCUGAUGGAUUCCCCUCAGCAGAUUACUUUGAAGCUGUUUUUACAAGAUUUGAAUCAGUAUCUUAUUACUACUUUAGUAUAUGCUAAAUGUAGUGAUUCUGAUAGGACAGAGUUAUGGGAGGAUAUAUAUCAUCUCUCCAAUACUUUAUCUUGUUCCUGGUUAAUAGGAGGAGAUUUCAAUGUGGUGUUGAAUGAUGAAGAAAAGAUAGGGGGUAAUCCUGUUCAACCCCAGGAUAUAGAAGACUUUGCUUUUUGCAUAAACUCCUGUGAGCUUGAAGAGGUAAAUUUUAAGGGUAGUCCCUUCACUUGGUGGAAUGGUAGAGCAGAUGCAACAUGUAUUUUUGAGAGAUUGGAUAGGAUGUUGGUGAAUUCAUUGCUUCUGGAUAACUUUGGACACAUUGAAGUGGAACAUCUUGCAAGAACUAGUUCAGAUCAUGCUCCACUUAUGUGUAUCUAUGGGGACAAGCAUCAAAAUCUGGUUAGACCUUUUAAAUUUCUAUCAUUCUGGAUAGAACAUGCAACUUUCCUAGAUACAGUCAGGGAAGUGUUUGGUGAUAUAUUCAAGCAGUUGAUCAUAAGGGAGGAAAUAGUGAGGUUAAAGGAUCAAUUGUUUGAACAAAAUCCAAGCCAAGUAAAUAGAGUGGUUUUGCAAAACGCUCUGGAUGAGACUAGGAGAUAUUUGCAUUAUGAAGAGGAGUACUGGAGACAAAAAUCAGGUCUGGAUUGGUUUGUAGAUGGAGACAAAAAUACUAGAUUUUUCCAUAAUCUUGUAAAGGAAAGAAGGAAGAAAUUGCAGAUCAAAAGAAUUUAA